AUGCUGUUUUGGCACACGCAGCCGGAGCAUUACAACCAGCACUCGACCGGCAGUUACCUGCGAGAUGUGCUUGCGCUGCCCAUCUUCAAGCAGGAGGAGCCGCAGCUGUCUCCUGAGAACGAUGCCAAGCUGCCCCCCUUUCAGUACGUCCUCUGCACAGCCACCUCCCCCGCCGUGAAACUGCACGAGGAGACUCUGACCUACCUCAACCAAGGUCAGUCUUAUGAAAUCCGUCUACUUGAGAAUAGGAAAUUGGGAGAGUUUCAAGAUUUAAACACAAAAUAUGUAAAGAGCAUAAUUCGUGUGGUUUUCCACGACCGCCGCCUGCAGUACACGGAGCAUCAGCAGCUCGAGGGCUGGAGGUGGAGUCGGCCUGGGGACCGCAUCCUUGAUAUAGAUAUCCCGCUGUCAGUUGGUAUCUUGGAUCCCAGGGCUAGCCCGACCCAGUUGAACACUGUUGAAUUUCUCUGGGAUCCAUCAAAGAGGGCUUCAGCAUUCAUUCAGGUACAUUGCAUCAGCACAGAGUUUACUCCACGGAAACAUGGAGGAGAGAAGGGGGUGCCCUUCCGGGUGCAAAUCGACACCUUUAAGCAGAAUGAAAAUGGUGAAUACACAGAACACUUGCAUUCUGCAAGCUGCCAGAUCAAAGUGUUCAAGCCUAAAGGAGCAGACAGAAAACAGAAGACUGACAGGGAAAAAAUGGAAAAGAAGACCACCCAAGAGAAGGAGAAGUAUCAGCCUUCCUAUGAGACAACUAUUCUCACAGAGUGCUCUCCCUGGCCAGAUGUGCCUUAUCAAAUGAACAAUGCUCCAUCUCCAAGCUACAACAGCUCUCCCAACAGCUUCAACCUUGGAGAUGGCAACAGUUCUCCAACCCACCAAAUGGAGCUCCUGCCUCCCACCAAUGAUCAUCUCCUUCCUUCUGCUUCUAUUCAAGAUGCCCAGCAGUGGCUUCAUCGUAAUAGGUUCUCUCCAUUCUGUAGACUCUUCUCAAGUUUUUCGGGUGCCGACUUACUGAAGAUGUCCAAAGAAGAUUUUGUUCAAAUCUGUGGGCCUGCUGAUGGAAUUCGGCUCUUUAAUGCAAUUAAAGGAAGAAGUGUGAGGCCCAAGAUGACAAUUUAUGUCUGUCAAGAACCAGAGCAAAACAGGUCCCAUCUCCACCAAAAACGAGAAAAUGGAGAUGGCAGUCUUUGUGUGUAUCAUGCAAUCUUCUUAGAGGAGCUGACCACGCUGGAGUUGCUGGAGAAGAUUGCAAACCUGUACAGCAUUUCUCCACAGCAGAUCAACCGCAUCUACCGGCAGGGACCCACGGGCAUCCACGUCCUAGUGAGCAAUGAGAUGGUGCAAAACUUCCAAGACGAGUCCUGUUUUGUUAUCAGUACAUUGAAAGCUGAAAGCAAUGAUGGGUACCACAUCAUUUUAAAAUGACCGUGCUGCACAGAGAGACUUUAACGGCCUAAAACUUAGUGCCUCACUGAGAUUGCUACAACCUAGACUGGAAACACAAAGAACCUUCUGGAUAAAUGCUCCUGUGAACUAAGAAUUACCAAACAGCUUAAGAAAAAACUUGCUUUUACAGAUAGAAAUUUUUGGUGGGGUGUGAUUUUGGUGGGUUUGGUUUCAUUUUUGUUUUGGUUCUUUUGGUUUUUUUAAG